UCCCACACAGUGAACAACAGACAGGUCCAGCCUGAACGUUUCCCUUCAGACGCCCAAACGAACAGGAGCAAUGAGUCGCAGCCCAGAGAGGAUUUCAUCUUAUCGCCGUCACUUUGAGGACAACAGCAGCUCAACCUACCAGGUCAGGGUGUCCAGCCCGUCUCCGACCAGGAGACAGGCUUGCCAUGCCUCAGCCGGCUACUCUGCCAGGUCUGGGUCCAGCAGCAUGCGUGUGGACUCGGUGGGACGAAGGACUGCUUCUGCAGCACGCAGGUCUCGCACAGCUGGAUUUGGUGCCAGUGCAGGAGCCUUGGUAUGUGUUGGUCCAAGUGGAGAGCGCCCCAUGGACCUGGAUGCUGCUGCAGCCGAGAGCCAGGAGUUCCUGAGCACCCGCACCAGCGAGAGACAGGAGAUGAUUGUCCUCAACGACAGACUGGCUGUUUACAUUGAUAAGGUUCGAUCACUUGAGCAGAAGAAUAAGUUGCUGGAGGCAGAGAUCGAGGCCUACCAAGGCCGGUUCGAGAAGCCAACGGGUCUUCGUUUGUUGUACGAGGAGCAGCUAAAGGAGCUGAAAAGGAUUGCCGACCAGAUGAAAGUUCAGCGGGACAUUUCUUUGGCUGCUAAAGAGACUGCAGCUGCUCAACUAGAGGCAAUCAAAAUCAAAUACGAGGAGGCAGUGGAGCUGAGGAAGAAGGCUGAGUUAGAAAUCGAAGCCUUCCGCCCGGAUGUCGACAAAGCUACUUCCUCUCGCUUUGCCUUGGAGAAAAAGCUGGAGCAGCUUGAAGUUGAAAUAGAAUUUUUGAAACGACUUCAUCAGCAGGAAAUUGACGAGUUGCUGAAACAGAUCUAUUCAGCUCAUGUCUCUGCUCAAAGUGCCUUCACGUUGCCAGACCUGGCUGGUGCUUUGAAACAAAUCCAGACCCAGUACGACGACAUUGCGGCCAAAAAUAUUCAGGAAAUGGAUUUGUGGUAUAAAAACAAGUUUGAAGAUCUAACCCAAAAGUCAUCCAGGCAUGUCGAUAAAGUUCGAAGUGUUAGAGAAGAAAUAGCAAAUGCCAAAAAAGACAUUCAAAGUAAAGAGCGUGACUUGGACUCUCUGAGGACCAGAAAUGAAGCUCUUGAAGCUCGGAUUCGAGAGCGGGAAAAAAAAUACAAGAAGGAACUGGAAGACCUGCAGGCUCGAAUUGAGGCCCUGCAGCUUGAGCUGAAAUCCACCAAGGAGAAAAUUGCACUGCACCUGCGCAAGUACCAGGAACUUCUGAAUAUCAAGAUGGCUCUGGAGAUAGAGAUAACUACUUACAGAAAAUUGAUUGAGGGGGAAGACCUGCGACUGUCUGGCAUGAUGCAAUCCCUAUCCCUUACCAGCUGUAGCAUGAGCGCCAUUAGUGCUGGGGUGAGCCUCAGUGGAGGAAGCAUGGAUGCUGUGGGUGGAAGGGGUGGUGGACUGAUGGGAGAUAGUAGAGGAGUUGCAGGUAUGGUCAGUGGUGUAGGAAUGAGUGGGGACAUAGUUACAGGAGGCACUGGAUCCAGUCCUGGUACUGGAGGUCUAACUGAAAGGAUAGGUGCUAGAGAUACUGACAACAGUAAAGGUCCAAAUGAUAGGGGAGGUGUAGCAGGCAUUACUGGCAGUCAAGUGGUAGGAGCCAGAGGGUUAGAUGUCAGAACAAAUGCUAAGGGUGUGGGCACUGAUACCAGCAUUGGAGGAGUCAGUGUUGGAGGAUUGAGUGGUGUUGACAUGGGUGGUUUGGAAUCUCAAAGCUCUGGUCCUGGUACCAGCAUUGGAGGAGUAGGUGGAAGUGGUUUAGGUUUUGGAAGCACUGGUCCUAGUUCUGGUAUUGAAGGAGUUGGUGUCGGAGCAAUGACUGGUAUUGGAGACAGCAUUUUAGGGUCUGGAAGCACUGGUUCUGGUAUUGGCACUGGAGGAGUUGGGACUGGUGAUUUGAGUUCAGGAAGCACUAGUUCUGGUCCUGGCAUUGGGGGAGUAGGUGUCAGAGCAAUGACUGGUGCUGGAGCUGGUGGUUUAGGGUCUGGAACCACUGGUUCUGGUACUGACAUUGGAGGAGCAGAUGCCAGAGGAAUGUCUGAUGUUGCAGCUAGUGGUUUAGGUUCUGAAAUGGCUGGUCCUGGUAUUGGUAUUGGAGGAGUAGGUACUGGUGGUGUGGGCAUGGGUUCUGGAGUUUUAGGUGUUGGUCCAGAAGGUUUAGACUCUGGGGUUGGGGGUUUGAGUUCUGACAUUAGAGGUUUGGACACUGUGGUUGAGGGCGCAGGACUCAGCUCUGGAAGGUUAAGUGAAAGCAGUGUAGGUGGAGUUGGGCUGGGGGCAGGUGGUGAUACCACAGACUUACCAGGUGGUAUGAGUGAUAUGGGAAAUGGAUUUGGUAGAGGAAAUGGGGUUGUGGGUGGAGGCAAGAGCUUCGGGGUUGGAGGAAUAUUGGGUAAAAAUGGAAGUAAAGCCCAAGGACAUGGUCCUACAGUUAUGAAGGGUGGAAUCAGAGACAGUGCAGGAUAUGAGAGUAAGGGUGGAGAUGAUGGAGGAGUUGCUCAGUCUGUCUGUGGUGGAAUGAGUAGGAUUAGCAGAGGGAACGGUGACAUGAGUGGUGCCCAGAUUGGAAAUGGAUCGGAUCGAUUUGAUGGCAUCACUGAGGCCUAUGCAGAGCAGGCUGUGGAGCUGACGGAGAGAAGGACAGUGCUCAUUAGAACGGUGAAAACCGAGGAUGAUGUGCUGGAGAUGGACCACCAAGAACAGACCUACACCAUCUCUGGUGCUGCAGAUGACUCUGAUGUCGAAUGAAUAACAAAUUCCCUGGUGACCCCUCGUCUUUAAACUUUCACGCCCCUUAGAGCUUUGCACUGACCAAGUCCCGUGUCUGGCCACUGACCUUUGGCCUUUGGCCUGGACAAGAAGACCAUGAAUGGCCAUUUGCUACAGACUGAAUCCUUCAAAUCAUAAGGUUUAAUGAUGUCAAAAAACACUCACCAUGCUCUCAUAACCUUUGUGUGCCUUAUACUCCCCCUUUUCCAACUGCCGUAAAUAAA